AUGGAAAGGACGAGUGAAGCAUCUUCAUUAGCAUCACUGGAGCUUCUGAACACGUUCGGAUGCAGAUUGAAGCGGUUAAGAGUUGAGCAGGGAAACAACAUUUGUUAUAAUGCAGUGAGUGUUCCUAGUCGAAAGGAGUUAUCCACAGUGGAUAUUAUCAAGGUGGCAAUGGACAAGUUUCUGGGAUUGAGUUCACAGAGUUGUGGUGAUCCCUGCAUGCUUGUCCAUUCGGGGUAUUCUGGGCUUUCGAGUGAGAUUGAUGAUGAGGUGGAGCCUGUACUUUUUCUUUUAGCUUCUGCUGACAAAGUGGCUAAUGAGCAGUUUGAUCGUGCAAGAAAGUUGUUGAGCAUGUGUAGGCACUUGGCUUCUUGCACUGGUAGUCCAGUUCAAAGGCUUGUUUACUAUUUUGCUCAAGCUCUUGAAGAAAAAAUCAAUAGAAAAUUAGGAAUUGUUUCUUCAGAGGGCCGCGAUGAUUGCAAGAGAUGGUUAUUGUCUCUGGAAGAAGCAACAAUCACUCUGCAACCCCCUUUAGUUGCAUUUGGCCUAGCAGUUCCCUCCUGUCUUGUUUACAAAUCUGCAGGAAUCCAGUCCAUCUUGGAAGCCAUGGCCUCCGCAACAAGGAUUCAUUUGAUUGAUCUCGGGCUCAGAAAUGGAAUGCAUUGGCCUUUUCUCAUGCAAGCCUUAGCAGUUCGACAUGAGUGCCCUAUUGAGAGUCUGACAAUUACAGCUCUUGUAACGUCGUCAGAGGAAAUGAUCAAGGACACUGGCAAGAGGCUGUCGCAAUUUGCUUAUACCCUAGGACUGAACUUCUAUUUCAAAAUAGCACGAGUACCCGACAUAAAUGAUAUCAAGGAGGACUCUUUUGAGAUAGGAGCCGGGGAGAGAAUUGGCGUCUAUUCUUCAAUGCUUAUGAGGAAUGUUGUUGGCCAACUAGGCCAAUUUGAAACUCUAAUGAGAGUACUUAAAAACCUGCAUCCGGCUGUAAUGGUUAUGAUUGAGCUAGAAGCUGAGACAACUUCAGCAGACUUUAUGGACCGGUUCAUUGGAGGCCUAAUCCACUACAGUGCUCUGUUUGAUGCAGUUGAUCUUUGCUUAGGUGACUCCAAUCCGCAAAGAAUGCCAAUGGAAGGAUACUACUUCUGUCCAGGAAUCCGACAAAUAGUCACCUUCGACGUUGAGGAAAGAGCAGCUUGGGAUUUGAAGAUUAAGGAUUGGAGGGCCUUAUUCAAUAGCUUCAACAUUGUGGAGAAGGAGCUUAGCUCAUCAUCACUAUAUCAAGCAAGCCUUGUUAUAAAGAACUCUAGCUUUAGUAGUUUGUGCACACUUAGCAUGGAUGGGAAAAGCUUGCUUUCUGAGUGGAGAGGAACGCCACUUUUCACACUUUCUGCUUGGGAGUUCCUCCCAUGA